AGGUCAGCCAACUGCUGUACUGUAAAUAAUCUAUGCAAUGAGAUUGUCAUUACAUACAUUUUCAGGACUGCGCUGGGAUUUGCUGAGACAUGAAGGGAAUGUUCUAAACACCAAUGGACCCUAGAAUUUAUGUCACAUGGCUGCUGCUAAACUGCAUUGUGGGGAAGGCAUCUUCAUGCUUUUGUGAACAUUACCCGUGGGGCUCUUGGUCAGGUUGUUCUAAAACAUGUGAACACGGAACUCAGAGUAGACAGCGGAAUGUAGUCUAUGACGAGCACUACUGGAAAAAUAAUUGUCAAAACCUUUGUACAUUUUCUGAGAGUCGAUCGUGCAAUGAACAGCCAUGUCCAAUUAACUGCCGACUCGGUGACUUUGGACCAUGGUCUGAUUGUGAUCCUUGUCUCAAGAAGCAGUAUCGUGUUCGAUCGUUAGAACGUCCUUCUCAGUUUGGAGGACAAAGCUGUGCAGGACUGCUGUCAGAUUCCCAACUGUGUGUGCCGAAAAAAGUGUGUAACAUUGAGGAAGCUGACUGUACUAAAAAGUUCAAAUGUGACACUGGUCGCUGCGUCGAGAUAAAAUUGAAGUGCAAUGGAGACGACGAUUGUGGAGACAAUUCUGAUGAAAGAGACUGUAAGAGGAAGCCAGAACCCAAGAGGAACUAUGAGUACAUUCCAGGAGUUCAACUUAUGGGAAACGGGUAUAACUACCUGUCCGGUGAAAGCGCAGGGGAGAUUUUCGGCAACAAUUAUUUCGGUGGAAUUCGGAAAACAGUUUCAGGAAACGGAACAGGACCGAAUAGAAAGUUGUAUCGUCUUCCAGCCAAUUUAGAAAGUAUCACAUUUCAGGUGGAAAAUGAAACGGAUGAUGUAGCUUCUGAUUUCUAUGAUAGUCUGAAUAAUUUCAGGCGUGACAGUAGCAGUAGUCAUUCAGCAGCGUCUUCUGGAUCGAGCGGUUUUGGAAUUCCAGUGUUAUUCAGUGUGAAAUCCAGCUCAAAAUGGACAUCAACGUCAUCUUUUAAGGAAACUGUACAAUCCUCUAACAAAAAGAACUCUAAUUUUAUUAGGGUCAGUAAAGUGAUCUCAGUGUCAGAUUUCACUAUGAAGAAGGACAAUCUCUGGCUAUCAAAUGUCUUUCUGGCGGAUCUUUAUCUUCUUCCCUUGGAAUAUAACUAUCCCCUGUAUAGUAGAAUAUUUAAUAACUUUGGCACCCAUUACAUCACUAAAGGCAAAAUGGGUGGAUCCUAUGACCUCCUCUACCAGUAUAGCGCAGAAGAAAUGAAAACGUCAGGUCUAACCCAACAAGAAUCAAAAGAAUGUUCAUCGUGGGAAACACGCAUUAGGAUUUUGUUCUGGACCAUAAAAAAACAAAAAAACAAAUGCACAACAAACAAGAUGACAGAGCGCUAUGAUGGUUCAUUUUUACAGUCAUCAGAAAAAUCGGUUUCCCUUACAAAAGGGGGACGAUCUGAAUACGCUGCUAAACUAGCCUGGCAGAGAAAGGGGUCCUUUCCUGGGAAUCAAGUUUACACAGAUUGGGUUGCUUCUGUAGCAGACAACCCGGAAAUAGUGCAAUUUGAGUUGAAGCCAAUUUUAGAUUUAGUGACUGGCAUUCCAUGUGCGGUGACGAAACGGCGCAACCUUAUUAAAGCAUUUAAUGAAUAUUCAGGAACGUUUGAUCCAUGUCGCUGUUCCCCAUGUCCCAAUAAUGCCAGAACGGUUUUAGUGGACACAGAGUGCCUCUGUGUUUGUCAGGCUGGGACGUAUGGGGACAGCUGUGAAAAACGAGCUCCAGACUACAAUUCAGUUGUAGUUGAUGGAUCUUGGAACUGUUGGUCCGCUUGGGGCGCAUGUGAUGGUUCCAACACUAGAAGAAGGGCAAGAGAAUGUAACAACCCUGCUCCCCGCAAUGGGGGCAAAGCCUGUGAGGGUCCACAGACACAGGAAGAGCACUGCUAUGUCAACCUGUUUGAAAACAAAGCAACACUAUGUAUUAACGACGAUGAUGACAAAAAAGAAAUUGAUACAGAACAUCCUGAUCCUAAGAGUGGAUGUCCGAAACCUCAACCACCAGAAAAUGGAAUGUUAAUAAAUGAGAAGAGAUGGUAUGACGUAGCCGAGGAAGUAGAAGUUACCUGCUUCACUGGUUAUACCCUUUAUGGGUUCCAGUUCCUAAGAUGUCUCCCAGAUGGGACUUGGAAACAAGAGGAAAUUGAGUGUCUUCCGACCUUCUGAGGAAAGUUCUGUGGCACAGAAACACCUACAGGGUAUACAGCACAUCAUAUAAGGCUCAUUUCAUCCUCCUCAUAUCAGCGAGUCUCUGCAGCUUAUGGACACCAAUGACUAUCACUAACAGAGCAGUGGCAAUCGGAUGUACACGCCGGCACAGAGAGCGUGAGCACACCCCAGUGACGUGACAACACAACGGGACACCCUCUGCUGGUAUAGGAAGCGACACCACGGACAGACUGCUUGUAGUUCCGCAGGACUGUGUAAUACAUACUGUAUAAUAUUACUGUCACUUACUCUGUGUCUCCAUCUAGUCCUGCUAACAAAUAAACCUCAUCCUGCUAAUA